UUGAACUUGACCCUUGGGGAAGACUUGGGUGAACAUGAGGAGCUUUCGGGUGAGGCGAUUGCUCGGGCAAGGGUGCAGAUGUAGGACAGCCAGGGGCCUCCCUGGCCGAAGCAGAGAAAGCUUUGAGUCAGGUGCGUGACGGUGGGCUGGAAGCCGCUGUGGAAACCCAAGGGCGGUGGUCAGUGAGGUGACCGUGACUCACGCAGCUUCUCUCUCCCAACACAGGCCAUGCCACUGAGACAUUAUCUCCUUCUGCUGGUGGGCUGCCAGGCCUGGGCUGCGGGCUGGGCCUACUAUGGCUGUCCUAGCGAGUGCACCUGUUCCCGGGCCUCCCAGGUGGAGUGCACAGGGGCACGGAUUGUGGCCGUGCCUACCCCUCUGCCCUGGAAUGCUAUGAGCCUGCAGAUCCUCAACACGCACAUCACUGAAAUCCCGGAGUCCCCCUUCCUCAACAUCUCAGCCCUCAUCGCCCUGAGGAUGGAGAAGAACGAACUGUCCAACAUCAUGCCAGGCGCCUUCCGCAACCUGGGCUCGCUGCGCUACCUCAGCCUUGCCAACAACAAAAUACGGAUGCUGCCUCCUGGCCUCUUCCAGGGCCUGGACAAUCUGGAAUCCCUCCUUCUGUCCAAUAACCAACUGGUUCAGAUCCAGCCAGCCCAGUUUUCCCACUUUGGUAAUCUUAAGGAGCUCCAGUUGCACGGCAACAAUCUGGAAUAUAUCCCUGAAGGAGCCUUUGACCACCUGGUGGGACUCACCAAGCUCAACCUGGCCAAGAACGGCUUCAAGGAUCUCUCACCUAGGGUCUUCCAGCACCUUGGGAACCUCCAGGUGCUCCGGCUACACGAGAACAGGCUUACGGACAUCCCCAUGGGCACUUUCGAUGCCCUUGGCAACCUCCAGGAGCUGGCCCUCCAGGAGAACCAGAUUGACAUCCUCUCCCCUGGCCUGUUCCACAAUAACCGCAACCUCCAGAGGCUGUAUCUGUCUAACAACCGCAUCUCGCUGCUGCCCCCUGGCAUCUUCAUGCAGCUGCCCCAGCUUAACAAGCUCACACUCUUCGGCAAUUCCCUGAAGGAGCUCUCCCCGGGCAUCUUCGGGCCUAUGCCCAACCUGCAGGAGCUUUGGCUGUACAACAACCACAUCACCUCUCUCCCUGACAACACCUUCAUCAACCUGCCCCAGCUGCAGGUUCUGAUUCUCAGUCACAACCAGCUCAACUCCAUCUCCCCGGGAGCCUUCAACGGCUUGACGAAUCUGAGAGAGCUGUCCCUCCACACCAAUGCUCUACAGGACCUGGAUGGAAAUGUCUUCCGGGCGCUGGCCAACCUGCAGAACAUCUCCCUCCAAAACAACCGCCUCCGACAGCUCCCCGGCAGCAUCUUCGCCAACGUCAACGGCCUCACGACCAUCCAGCUCCAGAACAACAAUCUAGAGAACUUACCCUUGGGCGUCUUUGAUCACUUGGUGAACCUGUGUGAGCUUCGUCUCUAUGACAACCCCUGGAGAUGCGACUCGGAUAUCCUCCCACUUCAUAACUGGCUCCUUCUCAACAGAGCCAGGCUGGGGACAAACACUCUUCCUGUGUGUUCCAGCCCAGCCAACGUCCGAGGCCAGUCUCUUGUCAUCAUCAAUAUCAAUGUCCCUGCGCCCAGUGCCCAGGGUCCUGAAGUAUCUAGUUCUAGCUACCCGGAAGUGCCACGUUAUGCAGACCCUGAUCUGUCGGGGUCAUCCAGCUAUCCCGACAGCACAUCCAUUUCCUCUACCACAGAGAUCAUCACACCCGUAGAAGACUACACCGAUCUGACCACCAUUGAAGCCACCGAUGACCGCAACACGUGGGGCAUGACCGACGCCCAGACGGGGCUGGCUAUCGCCGCCAUUGUGAUCGGCAUCAUUGCUCUGGCCUGUUCCCUAGCUGCGUGCAUCUGCUGCUGCUGCUGCAAGAGGAGGAGCCAGGCGGUCCUGAUGCAGAUGAAGGCUCCCAAUGAGUGCUAGGGAAGCAGGCUCCAACAGGGCUGGGGAAGAGUGAAACCAGAGGACCAGAGAAUGGCAUCAUUCAGCUUCCAAACCUGGGCCCACACAGACAAGAUCUGAUGGUCCCCCCCCCCAUUUUUGUCCUGAGUCUUCUGUAGAGAAACAGGCAUUUCAAGAGCUCCUACUUCCAGAGAAAUCUAAUUGGUCAUUAAACAAACAAACAAACAACCCCAGAUGGUUCUAGGUCAAUGCCUCGGCAUCCAUCAGAGGGACCCUCCACCAAAUCCUCACUCCUUCCAAGAACAAGCUUCCUUGCACCCGGCCCCUCCCAGCCUCUGCAGACUUAAUGAUGACAAGGCCUGCUCACAUUAUGAGAUAGUUCUCUGCCGGGACAGCCCAUGCCUCAAAGUAUUAUAUAAGGUGAUUUCUUUUCUCUUGCUUCUCUUUUUGCGCUUGACUCUGUCCCCAAGGACAGACUUAAGUUCUCUCUGUGAGAAAGUUUGGAUCUUUUAGCUCACUUCGCUGGCUUGGAGGGCGCUCUGCAAGACAGAAAGACACCUCUGCUGUCUGUUCCCAGACAGAGUUGCCAUCAGUGCCUGUGACAACAAGUUCAGCCUUUCAGAGAAGAAUGUUUAAAGCCGCAGGCUCUCCUUCGAAGAUCUUAGCCCUUUGUGAUGUAAAAGUGCGCAGUUUCUAAAUUCUCAAAACAUGAAAACCAGCUCAUUGAUAAUGGCUGAAGAACACAAGCCUGGGGUCCUUGUCCUCACCCCUACACUUUCCCUUUCUUGGGAGGGAAGUCAGGGCUGUGCUGAAGGAUCACACACAUACAGAAAAGUGGGAGUGUGAUAGAGUACAUCCUGGUGAAGUCUCACAAUCUGAAUAGGUAUCUGUGUGAUCAGCAUGAUACCAAGAAAAUGGUAUCACAGUGUCUCCACUCCAAGCUUGUUCUGAAGGACUUCUGGAGAUGCUGUGGACUUUCUGGCUUUCCACGGGCUAGGGAGGGAUCCUCACAGUCUUCCCUACCCCUCCGUGGGCAGCCUUUGCAAAGGCCCAGCUGUCAGGAGUGGAAGAGAUGGAGGUACGGUCAGAACAAGAGGCAACCAAGCUGGCCAGACCAGAAGCACCCGAACUACAGUAGCCUGUGCAAGUACGCGUCCUCGCUGCCAACAAACGCUGUGCUGCUCAUCAGUGCCCCUCUAUCCAUCCUUUUAUGGGUAUUAUAUGCCCAUAUCUGUUUCCAAUUUUUGUUCUCCAUUUGGGGGAAGAAAAAAUAGCUCCGAGAUGAGAUCUUCCAAUUGAAUAACCAAGUGUAAUGGAAACCAGGAACCCUUCUGCACUGUGGUCAAAUUCUUCAUCCACAUGAGUCAGCUGGUAGCUAGACUACAGGGUGUUCACAGGCAGCAGAUAGCAGGGCAUGCUGGGAGGUCACAUGAGGGUGUGGGCUGGCUCUGUGGAACCUUCUGUCUGGGUUCUGGUUAUGAGCUGAAUGGUUUAGUUUAGAGUUUUCUCUUUGAGUGACAGUCACAACACAUCUGCCUUGCCUGUGUUUCUUGCCACACAUGUGUCUAUUUCCACACUUUUAACAGUUCCGAGCAAGGUGACAAAGCUCUCUCAGCAACGAAAUGACCAAACACAGUGGCGCACACCUUUAAUCCCAGCACUCAGGAGACAGAGGCAAGCAGAUCUCUGAGUUCGAGGCCAGCCUGGUCUACAGAGUGAGUUCCAGAACAGCCAGGGCUAUGUAGAAAGACCCUCCCUCAAAAACCAAACAACCAGGGAAACAGAGAAUGUCAGUUUUUCCUCUCAAUGAGAGGAGGACGUCAGCUGAGCACAGGGAUCUGGUAAUGUAUCUCCAGCCUGCAGUGGUGUUUACAGGGCAAAUGAGAAAUCCCUUUGAGUCUUGGCAACAGAGAGCUUACAGGAUAUCCAGGCCUCCCCUCCAGUUCCCCAACAGAAUAGUCCAGAAGGAAUGCGUGUGAGAACCUGCACACCCUGCCCCAGGGAAUCUGAUGUCAGUCAAAAGCUAUCAUUCCCCCCAAGGCCAACCCAAAGUGUUUGCAAAGUAUCUAUAGCAUCUGGUACACAUGGACCAAGGCUGUCCCCAACUCCAGAGUGAGUGUGAACACGGUUCUGCUGACUGUGACCUGCGGGUGGGCCUUGAGGUGAAGAGAGGGAGCCGAGCCUGCUUCAUGACACAUGGAAGCUUGGCAUGGUACUGUGCUCUCCAGAACAACCGUCUGAUGCUCCUUGUGAGCUAUGUCCAGCCUCAGUGGGCUAGGGAUGGAGAGAGGUGGAAUCCGCAGCAUCCAGUGUCCCCUGCCAGUUUUAACCUGGAACCAUUGGCCACUUCUGACAUUGGCCGUGACAGUGAUAUAUCUUGCUGGCCCAAAGGCUGGGCUGGGGGCAGCUAGCUGUCUUCUAAUGGCCUGCCUGGGAGCUCACAGGUAGUGAGCAAGGCGACAUGGGAGCCUUUUCCUUUCCCCCCACUACAGUGUCCAGAUGGAGUCAUCAGAUCUGCUCCUUACUGAUGGGCCUUUCGGUUUUUCUCCAUCUUCUGGUCAGAGAGGGAGAUGCUGGGAACACUGGUGGGUGGAGGACCCUUUCCAAUAGGAUAAUGCAUCUUGCUCAUUUUCUUGGGGCUGGAAUGAGCUCUGUGGUCCCUAGACGUCCGUGGUAAAGUGCAGAGCUCAGCUCCCUUGCCCUCUGUGCUCACUGGUUUCUGGACUUCUGUCACCAGCAUUUGUGUGGAGAGGGGAGGGAAGUCGGGGCUGUAAGAAAGCCAAUAAGGGCCAGCUAGAGCCACCGUGUUAACGGAUGUUUGGGGCCUGGGUACCCUUCAAGGCUCUCGACGUGCAUUCUCCUUUGAACCCUCUUGACUCCUGGUGAAAUUCGUCCCACAGGUAUCCUCUUGUGUGGGGGCCUUUUCUGCAUAGUGCCCAACAAACUCCAUACAAAGCCUCAUGGGCUGUCUAGGGCUUUCAUCAGGAGACCAAAGGAAAUAGGCUGUACACAUACAGCUGGGUUCUUGGAGUUUCUCACUGGCAGCCACACAGUUCCCACAGGCAUCCAGAUAGAACUGCAGAAUCCACUUCCAGCCUUGGGAAAGACAUAGAAAAGUAAGCCGAUAACCCGAGUCAGGAAGCAGGCCUCGCGUGUAUCCUAGACUUAGCUCCAAGCUACUCUAAGGUUCAGCCCCAGGCCCCAUGGUCAGAACCAGAUCUGGCCACUGAAUGAUGAUGAUCUAAAGGAAGCCACCAGUGUGGUUCAGACAGAGAGGGCAGCAGGAAGCUUCUGGGUGAAGCACCACCCAGUCCCAGGGCCCUUCCCCUAAGCAGAGAGUGUCCUCGCCUCCCACAGCCUUUGCUCUGCGUUCUAGAGCAGUCAUGCUUGCUUUGUUCAACGAUCUUUGCAAAUAGUCCCAGAUGCUUGGAAUUGCGUUUAGAGAUUUCUAGGCCCCUGGAGUUUUAAUAGAAUGUGAGCCCUGGUGGGCAGGGUUGGGGGUCUGUCCUUUGCUAGAUGCCGCUUGUGAUAGAUUUGGUGUACAGAAUCCACAAUAAACAUAUA